GACGGGUGCAAGGGUGAACAUGCUCCGUCGGCUGUACUCCACAGCGGUGGCGCAGGUGUUUGUCCAUCCGAGCGCGAAAGUAGAUGCGUCGGCGACGCUGUCGCCGUUUGCAGUCGUAGAAGCGAACGCCAUUGUCCAUGCGAACUGCAAAGUUGGGUGUGGCACAGUCGUCGGCGAAGGGGUAGUCGUUGGUCCAGACAGCCACAUUGGCAGCCAUGUCACGCUUGCGAAUUGCACCGUGGGGAAGCGUACGGUCAUCCAUACAGGGACCCGCAUCGGCCAGGACGGGUUUGGCUUCAUGUUGAACGACACUGGCGACCACGGAAAGAAGCCACAGGAGCUGGCCGUUGAAAUCCACGACGACGUUGAAAUUGGGGCGAACUGCACCAUCGAUCGCGGCAGUUGGCGCAACACUGUCGUUGGCUCAGGCACCAAGAUGGACAAUCUGAUCCAAAUCGGCCACAACGUACAGAUUGGCCAAGGGUGUGUGCUCGCAGCCCAAACUGGAAUAGGAGGUGCCUCUCGCGAGCUCAAGGCAUUGCUUGAUACUGGCUGGGGAUUGGGACGUAGGCAGCACAACCUUGGGCAACCGGGUGUACGUUGGCGGUCAAGUAGGCAUCACGCAGCAUUUAAAGAUUGGCGACAACGUCCGAAUUGCAGCCAGGAGCGGCGUCAUGCAUGAUUUGCCCUCCAACGCCACGUAUGGCGGCGUCCCAGCAAUGCCAAUCAUGCAAUACCGCCGCCUUAUGGCCGUUCAUCGCGACGCGUCGUUGAAAAAGCCGCCCACUUAACCUGUCAAGUUUACAUUUCAGAUCCGUGCGAGCUUCAUUUAAAAUGGUUGGCAUGCAACGUUGUUUGCCUCCUCCGCCGCACGACAUUCGUGUCAUUGCUUGACGAAUCCGUGGACGACCUCGCCGUCGUCGCCUAUUCUCGGAUGGAUCAUAAAGUGUGUUAAUGUCGGCAAGACCCGCCUCCAGCAUAUCGCAGAGGCGCCAUCCUAUCGUCGCUUCGUGCUGUUGAAUCCACUCGACCGUCA